GCUGCGGCGAAUGCGGCGGCACCAGCGGGGCCCAUCACUAUUAUCGCAGGCUCUGGGGGCAACGACACGUCUCAGGUCCAAGCAAUGACAGCUAACAAUGCUGCUGCACAAGCAGGACCUGUCACUAUCAUCGCAGGCUCUGGGGGCAACGGCACGUCUGGGACCCAAGCGACAGCGGCGGCAAAUGCUCCAGCGGCAGCAGCUAUCACUAUGAUGGCGGGCAGUGGAAGCCCAGCUCAAGCUGUAGCAAACACCUCUUCGGCAGCAAAUGGAGCUCCUCCCACUUUCACCGUCAUUGCAGGUUCAGGCGGCGGAUCCACGGAAAACGCAGCGCAGGCGGCGGCAAACGGCGGCUGCAAUUGCGCGUGCGCGUGUCCCGCGGGCUCGAUGCCCAUGUCGGCGGGAGGACAAUCUGCACAGGCGGGUUCGGGUGGCAUGGGCAAUGUGUCCAUGGGAGGUGCAAGUACCAUGCAAACGGUUGCAAGGAGCGCCUUGACGGUCGUUGCGGGAACGGGUUCUGUGGCGUCAAGUUCGAGCUCGAGCUCGAGCAGUGCAGCGGUGGUGACGAGCAAGGCCUCUUCAUCAUCUUCCUCUUCCUCUUCCUCAUCACCUGCUUCCGCCUCUUCUACCGCCGUAUCUUCGUCGUCGGCCGCAGUGUCAUCGUCACCUCCCGCCGCAGCCGCGAGUUCGAGCUCAGCAGCGACAGCGACAUCUACCACGUCGUCCAAGGCCACGUCGGUCGCCGCCGAAAGCCAAGUCGCCGGCAAUGCGCCUGUGCCUACGCCCGUCGGUGGCACCGGUGGCUCGACGGAGUCUCAGGCAACGGGCUUGCCGUUCAACAUCAACACCAUCAUGCUGCAGAGUCGGGUUACAGUCAACUUGGGACGGAGGCUGGCCAAGCCGACGCAAGCGUGAAGAAAAGUAUUUGGAUGGAUGGCAUGAUUAGUCGAGCAACUUAAUGCUCGUUUUGCUGUGUUUUAUAUACAUAUAUACUUGCUCUCGCAACCCAUUGGAUUUCCUUUUUAGUACAUAACGGUUGGCAUUAAGUCGGGGGAUUCGAGUGCUCCUGUGGAGCCGAUAAUUUUGAAGCUGAAACAUAAUGGUACAUAGAAGAAAUUUGUUCUCCUGUGCGAGGUGAUUUUU